AUGUUUCUUUAUCUUUCCUGUAGGUAUAUUCAUUUUUUUCUCAGCGAGAUCUUCAUAACCGUUACUGCUGUCGGUAUUCCCAGAACGAAUAUUUUCUUUCUUUCUUUCUUUCUUUCUUUCUUUCUUUCUUUCUUUCUUUCUAGUUCAAAUAUUAUUUCUUUCUUUUUCCAGGACAAAUAUUAUUUCUAUUUUUUUUCCAAAUCAAAUAGUAUUUCUUUCUUUCUUUCUUUCUUUCUUUCUUUCUUUCUUUCUAGAUCAAAUAUUCUUUCUUUCUUUUUUUUCCAGAACAUAUUUUUUGCUUUUCAGAAGAAAUAUUAUCUCUCUUUAUUUCUUUCUUUCUUUCUUCCUUUCUUUUUCCAAAAUAAUUAUUUUUCUUUCUCGAAGACAUAUUCCCUCUUUAUUUAUUUAUUUACUUAUUCAUUUAUUUAUUUUCCAGAAGAAAUACUUUGCUUUCCAGAAGAAAUAACAUCUCUCUCUCACUCUCUCUCUCUCUCUCUCUUUUUUCUUUUUUUGUUUUACGACAAAGAACAAAUAUUUAUUCUUUCUUUCUUUUUCUCUGUAUUUUGUCGACUCUUCUUCGGCGUUCUCCUUCAUAUAAUGGGUGCAUUAUGCGCAUAUCUAUCUAUCUAUCUAUCUAUCUAUCUAUCUAUCUAUCUAUCUAUCUAUCUAUCUAUCUAUCUAUCUAUCCAAAUCUAUCUAUCUAGCGAUCUAUUGAUCUAUCUAUCUAUGGAUCUGUCUAUCCAAGUUUGUUCGUAUCUAUUUAUCUAUCUAACUAUCUAUCUCAGUUUGUUUAUAUCUAUCUAUUUAUCUAUUUUGUUUAUAUCUAAGUUUAUUCAUAUCUAUCUAUCUAUCUAUCGAUUUAUCUAUCUAAGUUUUUUCAUAUCUAUCUAUCUAUCUAUCUAUCUAUCUAUCUAUCUAUCUAUCUAUCUAUCUAUCUCCGUUUGUUCAUAUCUAUCUAUCUAUCUAUCUAUCUAUCUAUCUAUCUAUCUAUCUAUCUAUUCAUCAAUCUAUCUAUGA